UGUGUGUGUGCGCAUAGCGUGGGAGGAUAGAUGUGUGGGUUACCACCAGCUGUUGGAGUUGAUGGAUGCAGCAACAGCUCUUUACAGUUGUUCAGUAUGCCCUCCUUCUCUGCAAAACUCUCUUUUUAAAAACGGCUAAAUAUUCUUACCAACCACGCACUCAAGGGGCCUGCUUGUCCUUGUCGCCUAGGAAUUACUCCAGCCCCGGAACACAUGCCUGGGAAAUGGAGGGAAGGACGAGGAGCUGCAUGGGAAAGGAAGCAGAAAUCCAGAGGGCUAGCGCAGCGCGUUGCGUAACAGCUCUCCCAGUCCCAUUGAUAACACCCCAGAUUGCCAGAGGGUUUAGCUAAAUGUUAUGGAACCCCGCUCACAACAAGCAGAUUCAGACUAAGACUAUGCAGUUUCUCCAUUUUUGAUGGAUAGAUCCUCGGAGCCCCAUGCCGAUUUAAAGCGACCGCAAAUGUAAGAUAUCUCCUGGGAUGGUGAAUUAUCUGUCUUCCCUGUCUGCACGUAGCCUCAUCAUCUGCUUGGCAAUUAUUGGGCUCGUGGAAGCCAAACACUUGGCAUCAUGUGACAGGGUGUUAUUUCAUACAACUGUGCAUCACCAUUGUAUUUCUCACUUCAAUCACUCCAUGGAGGCCAGUGAUUAUCAGAAGAAGUGUCCUUGGCCCAGCACAAGAGUGCCCUACGUCAUCCUGACUCAGUGUCUGGAGCAGGUGGCCAAGAUCACCAGGUGUGUGGAGCCCUCCCUGAAGGAUAAGAUCUUCCUGGGGCUGCACCAGGCCUACUUCUCCCUGUGUACCCGGAUGCAGGACCCGGCAGUGCCCGUGCUGCUGCUGCUCAUCCUGCCCUGCAUCGUCACCACGCUCCUGCUGCCCCUCUUCUGUUUCCACAUCGCCACCAACCAGUAGCACACACGGCACCCAGAGGUCACCACAUGCCGUGACAGCCAUGCCAAUGGCACACACGUCCACAAACACACAGACACACACAGAUGCAUGCAGUACGGACACAUAGCACUAGCUCACGCAGACGUGAGACAAGCACACAGAUUUAUCAUGUAAAAACACACACAUAUUCUGAAUGUGCUUAAAGAAAAAUAUCCAACACAAAGCUGAGCCAAUUACAGACACUUUUUUUGUUUGUUUGAAACACAUAAUAAAUAUUUAUUUUCAGACAAAAAAAUAACAAUUUGUUUUACAGUGGUUUGAAAACUUUUUUACAAUAAUAGCACGUGUAUCUGCUAUUAGAAUAUCCACAUAACAUUAGUAUUUCUGGUAUUGCUAAUGCUAAAGUAAUACAUUAUUUACCAUAUAUUAACUUACAAGAAAUGUUUGUCUCUUUUACAUUUUUUCUCACCAACAAACCACACCUCUUAACAGGUUGAGAUUAACAAGAGUUCUGGCUGUCACUCACAUGUUCAACAAGGUGUCAGACAGAAAACCAACACUGGUAUUGCAUGUAAAGCAUAAUGUUUUUCUACAUAAAAGAUCACCCUUUCUGGAG